AUGGCCGUUGACGCAGACAGGCGGGGACGGGGUCUUCGGGCGCAAUGGGAUGCCUUCAUCGCUCCCUUCCGCGCCCCCGGCCCCGACCGACAACAUCAACUGGGCUGGCGUCCGCUCGCCCUGCGUGCCCCCUACCUUGCGUCGCUGGUCUGCUUGAUGACGACCAUGUUCCUGGUCCUUGAGGGCUUGCGCCAAUAUAGUACUCGUCAGGGUGGUCUGGUCUUCUUUGACGAUACCGACGACGUCUCCGCUCUCCAGUCCUUCGGUUACAACUAUGUCCCCAUCAUUAUCGCCCUCAUCCUCCUCGUUUUUUGGUCCGUCACCGAUUUCGAUGUCCUCCGACUCGAGCCCUAUUUCCAGCUGUCCAAACCGGGUGGUGCCCCGGCCACCGUGCUCUUCAUCAACUACAACUUCGGCCAGACUAUCCUCACCCCCAUCAAUGCCGCUCGCCGCCGCCACUGGUUGGUUCUAUGGGUCUCUUUGCUGACCCUCUCCAUUCGCAUGAUCUUGCCGGCCUUACAGAGUACCAUCUUUGAGCUACGAGAAGUGCAGGUCAUUCGACAUGAGAAUAUGCAAAGUUGGCCGACUCUGGUCGGUUUGGAAACGCAAGCCACCUGGAUGUCCACCCAGGCCAACGACACGGUCGACUCAGUCCUUUCCUCCGAUGAACGGCUUCGCCGGUCGCGCUCCUCUCAAUACGCCGUUGCCCCUGUCGAGGUCCCGGAUGGUGAACAGCAAAGCGAUGUGAUAUGGAAACUGGAUCAAACGUUGUACUGGGCCGACGUAUCCUGUCAGAAUGUUCCCGUGAACAAAAAGCUGAAUGUUUCUAUCGAGACACCGGAGCAUGGGCUGCAACGAGUCUCCUGGGACGCUUCGGGUAUCGACUUGUCUGACACCUAUGGAGCGGCGAAGGAAUGCGUGCUGGAUUUUCACUAUGAUAGCGUCUUCUUUCCCGAAACCGAUUACCUCCAGGUUCGCUACUGGGAGCCCUCCAUCGAUGCGACGACCGAAGCCGAGUAUCCCGAUACAACCAAAGCAUUCACCGCCACCGGCUGCGAUCCGUACGACUUGUAUGGCAUGUUGAUCUCGGUCAACGCUACAACAGAUGGGUCAAAGGAGACGGAGUAUUCGGCCAGCGGCCUCGCUUUCGCCUGUGAUAUUAUGUAUUACAAGGCGCAGGCCCAAGUCGCAAUGCAUCCCAACAGCUCGAUCGAGUCGAUUCGUCUGCAUCAUGCUACGACCCGCACUUUAACGGCCAAGGAAUUCAACAUCGAUCACUUCCAAGCGUUGCUUUCUCAGCGUGCUCCUUAUACCAGUGACAUGAUCUUUAUCAGCAACAACUCCACGAAUGGUGGCCGAACCGUGACCGAGUUACCCGUGAUCAGCGAGGAGCUUGGCGAUCUUCAGCCGCUGCUCACUUUGGACACUUCAUCCAUCAUGACCCAGGCUGAAUUCACUUCGAAGAUCACGCGGGACGUUAAGCAGACUUUCAUUCUCACCCUGGGACGUCUGUUUGACCCCGACAGGGAGCCUACCAUCAUCGCCGCUGUUCGCUCUACCACCCAAGUUGCCAUUGCCGUCGUCACCUUUGCAGCUCUUUGGUCCGAGCUGAUUUUAGGCCUGGCCGCUCUCACCGGUGUAUAUCUUCUCUUCCUCUAUCGUUCUCGCGAAACCUUCCUUCAAUGCGACCCGGGCUCGAUCGGCGCCAUGUGCAGUAUCGCCGCCGACAUAUUUCACCCCAACAACAUCCUCUCUGAACCGCUCGCCGAGUUCCACCAAUUUUCGACCCGACAAAUGCGCCGUAUCUUCAAAAACGCCCGCUGUCAUUGGCGAUCUAGUCCUUCCGGGCAUAAUCGAUUGGAGAUUCUUGCCGAAGAUGGCUCUCCAGUGCAGUUGGGUGAAAACCUCCGAACUCGCAACGACCCAAUGCCUCACUUCCUAGUCAUCCCUUUCUUUAUUGUCGAAUUCCUGGCCCUGGCGGCCGUGAUAAUUCUAAUGGCCCUCGUCGUUCAGUCGCUCGCUCGUGAUGGCCGCUUUCGACACCUGACUCAGUCGGAUUCCAGCUCACUGCAAGUGGUUCUGUCAUUUUUGCCUUCGGUCGUGGCCUCCUCCGUCAGCUCUCUCUGUACAUCGAUACACCGCAAUCUCAGCGUUUUGGAACCCUGGGUCCAUCUUCAACGAGGAAUGGCCACGGCAAGAUCAUCACUAUCUCUAAACUACGCCUCUCAGAGCCCUGUUGCCAUCUUUUGCAAGUCCGUUCGAGAUCGACAUAUUCUUUUGGGACUUGUAUCCAUCGCAUGUGUCAUCAAUAUGGUGCUGACAGUAGUGGCGGGAGGUCUUUUCACUCAAGAAAUGACGUCCUCCACCCUGCCGACAAAGGAUUUGACCUUAAACUAUAGUUCAUCCGUUUUCUGGAAAAAUGAUUUCGCCGCUCAAUUUACCGAGUACGACCUGAUUCAGACGAGCAUUACGAGCGGCGUCCCCAUGCUUCCCUGGACAAGCCCCAACGAAUCGUUUGUACCUCUGCAGGUGCACAAUCGCGACCCCGACGCUAUGUAUGGAGCAACUACCUUAGGUGUGGGGGCUUCCUUGGAGUGCCAGCCUCUCCUUCCAGAGAAGGGGCUUUUCCACAACAAAACCACCGGUCACAGCUAUUGGAAAUACCAGCUGUUCGACAACAAAUCCGUGGAGUGUGAAGCCGCCAUGCCGACCCGGAAAAAGGACGAGGGCAUUUCGCUUUCCAUUCAUUUCCUGUCUCCGGGCGAGGUGAAUGAUUCUGAUGUCUGUCAGACAUCGACCGUUCUUGUUGUUGGUCGUUGGGAUUAUCUGCCCAAUAGCACGGUCUCCGAUGAAAAUACCAUUGCUUUGCACUGCGAGCCUCGUGUUCGACUGCAAGAUUAUUCUGUUGUAUUCGACCCAAGAGGCCAGAUCAACUACCAUAAACGCAUCCAAAACACUUCCGUCACAGAAGGCACCAUGUUCGAUAACGCCACGGUCAGCCUGGGGCAAUUCAACAAGGUGUUUGCAGCUAUCCCGGAGAGCUUCGUGGGAAACACUACAGCUCACAACGGCACAUACAAUAUCUCAUCAUACGACUGGGCAGGAUUCUUGGUUGCCCGCCUAUACCAGCGCGAAGAUCCUGAUUUUGACUCCCUUGACCCUGCCCGUUUGACCGAUCUUACCCAAACUGUCUAUCAAUGGGUUUACAGUACAUACUUUUCCAUUUGGCGGGAUCUAUACCUCGAAGAGCUGGACGAACCAAUUCAGGCGACUAAUGGCACAAUCAUCCGAAUCGUCCUGGUCGUCUUUGGAACGCGACGAGGCCGAUUCCGAGGCCCGCGAAUGCCGCGCUCUAUCGGAGCAAUCAUCCCAUGGAUUGCACACAGUCGCAUGCUGAGCGAUUUUGGUGAUACCCACAGUUGGAACAACAGCAAAAGACGGGACCACCUCACCGCCCUAGACAAACGGUACGGCUUCCGUAUGUUUAUGGGCCACGAUGGUCGUUGGCGAUUCGCCGUAGAUGAAGAGCCCAAAUCAGCCGAUGCUGGAUCACCUCCACCUCCACCCAUCCCCUCCGACUCUGAUGCCAAUAAAACUACCUCCAUACAACUGCGGGAGUUGAUUGGCACCCAUCUACGGAGGCAAAAUUGA